AUGGACGAAUUUUCCGACGAUGACUUCGAUGCCCUGAAUGCGAAUGCCCUGCAGGAGCUCGAAAACAAUGCCAUCCGAUCCACCCAGGCCCAGAAAAAGUACCAGCCGUCCCAGCCGCAGGCCCAGCCACUCUACAUUCUCGAUGACGACGAUUUUAGUGAUUCCAUCGUAAAGGACGAGCUUCUCGGAAAGUCUGCCCUGCUGUCGGAGAAGACUGCCCAGAUUCCCUCCAGGAUAGUCCCCGAACAGCGACAGCCGUGGGGUGCUGCGAUACCUGUGCCUCCGAGCCGCCUUCGCCCUCAGCCCGCUGCUUCGACAUCGCGGCAGCCUGCAACAGCCCUCGCCGGCUCGCGUGCCCCGCCCUCAUCCUACAGUCGCAUAGGCCCCCCUCCUCUACCUCGACCGCCUCCCUCCAUCACCGCGAGAUACCAAGCCUCGCAAGCCCAGGGGAAAAAUGCACCGUCGAGCCACGAGAUUGCUUCUUUGCAGGCCCAAAUAUUAGACCUGAAAACCAGGCUCACCACCAAAGAUGGCGAGAUAGGUAUCAUACGGAAACGGCUCGAGAAGGCACGCGAAGACCACGAGCGCGAGCUUCAGACGUUGAAGAAACAGACGGUAGAUCAGGUCUCGAAGCAUGAGAGGGCUCUCGAGGCGGCCAAGGCUGCCCAGCAGGCCGCCCAACUCGCCGCCUCUACCGAGCUCGAGUUCACUAGGCGGGACUUCAGGGAGGAGCUGGCCCGUGCUAAGCGCAUAGAUGGACCGGUAACGCCCAAGAAGAACGCCGCUGCAAAGUCGUGGGGCAUCGCGGACGGGUUCGAAGACGUAGAGAUCGCAGGUAGUCCUAGUAAGGGGCAGAGGGGGAAGGGCGCCGGAGCCGUUGCUAGUGCUAUGGCCGAGCCGUCUGCGAAGCAAGCGAGAACUCCUACGAAAGGAAAGCGGAAACGCCUGGCCGUCGAUAGUCCAAUCUCGGCGCUCGAGAUUCAUUCCGAGAAUGCGAUGCUGCUAGACAACGCGGACGUAAAGGACGACAAUGGCGCAUGCCCCGUAAAUACCGCGCCGAAGGUCGCGUCUUUCGACUAUAUGAAGGUGCUACUGAAUCACAGCUCACCGCGCGGCCACUCGCCGUCAUUCGAUUACUUGGCUCGCUUUGCACUGCCAUCAAGACCGAUGGAAAGCCUCGCUUCGAUACUCUUUCAGAAAUUAGCUAUCAUUGGCGAUCCCGAGGACCCUUUGCGUCUGCCGAUCGAGUUUUGCGAGCUGGUGAUUCAGCUGUGGGACAGCUGUCGCAAGGAGAAUUACUUGGAACCGAUAAUGGAGUUGGUUUCUUUGGUUUACUUGACGGUACAGCUGUAUACCCUGGCAAUCGCUCCGUACAUCGCCCCGUCUCUUUUACCGGUUGCGAUGGACUCGUGUUACGAAGUCGACAUACCGAGAUUCCUGAACCAAGGCACCGGAGACCCGACGGAUGAGGCGUGGAAGAAAUUCAACGCGAAUAUAUCGACCACGGAGAUUUUGUCCUUGUUGUACCUGACCUCGCUGGGGUGCGCGGCGUCGCCACCGGUGAGGGGUGGGUUGACGGAACCCGGAGUGGAUUUCUGGAGCCAGGUUCACGUGGAGUUUGUGCUCUUACAGCUGAGCCAGAAACACCCGGUGGAGGAUUACCUGAUCGUGCUUAGAUGGAUCCGAACGUCGGUAUUCCCAGAUAGUGUCGGGCCCAUCAGCCCAAACAAGACAACGGAGGUGGUAUCGGGCGCGCUGAUCGAACGAGUUUCUCUUCUGCUGGUCGAGCCGUUGCGCUGGGACAUCGAUCAAUAUAAGCAUCGGAGUGUCCGGAACGCGGCGCUGCGGACGCUGGCAGCAUUCGCCAGGUCCGCGUUUGGCCUCGUACAGCUGGCCGUCAGCAGCUGGGCCAUCCCACGCCUCGCGACUCUGCUGGCUUCGUGCAUAGACGAGCUCUACGAUGGUGACAUGCGGUAUGAGUCUUGCGAGGAGGACGAUUCGCGGAAGGAGUUGCAGACCAUGGUGGCGAACACGGUGCUACUCCUGCACACGAUCAUCACGAGCCCGGCCACGGCCGACCUGGCCAACGUGUCGGGGAAAUUGGCGAAGUCGGCGGCGGGGUCACAAAAGUACCUGCUUAGCCUUGGGAGGUUGAAUUUCUCGGAUGAUCUUGUCUCGGAGGACACGGCCGAACUGGCGCACGAGCUCCUCGAACUAGCAGUAACGCCGGAAGAGGGCGAGGGACUGGGACGGUUCUUUGGGGGGUGA